GGCGAGCUGUCAAAGAGGGAUCCCGGCGGCGGGAGCAGCCCGAUGUGCCCCUAGCUGCAGGACCCCCCGGCCUGCCGCCAUGAACACCGAGGAGCAGUACUACGCCUCGGCGCAGCUCUACAAGGAGCCGUGCGCCUUCCAGAGAGCGCAGGAUUACAGCCCCAGCCCCCCCGCCUGCCUCUACGUGGGCCGGCAGCAGCAGGCUCCGUAUCCCGGCUCUCUGGGGACGCUGGAGCAGGGCAGCCCGUCGGACAUCUCGCCCUACGAGGUGCCCCCCAUCAGCGAGGAUGCCGGGGUCUCCCACCUGCAUCACCACCACCACCACCACCCUCAUCUCCCUCCCCCGCACCAGGACGCUCUGCCUUUCUCCGACGGGGCGGACCCGGGGGCGAUGGAGGAACCCCGGGUGCAAGUGCCUUUCGCCUGGAUGAAGUCCACCAAGUCGCACGCCUGGAAGGGGCAGUGGGCAGGUAAGCCCCGCCGCCUCCUCCCUUUCGGAAGGAACCGAAAGGGCUCCAAUCGUGGGGGUCCCUCGCAGCCCUCCGAUCCCGCUGCCGUCGGGUCCCCGCCGUCGGGUUGAGCCCGCCCGGGUUAAAGUCCCGUUCGCAUCAGUCGGGGAGGGGUGGCGAUGCCAAACCCCGCGUUGAUCCCCACGAAUUCCCUUUCCUCGACGAACCUUUCGUCGGGAUGGGACACGCAAGGACUCGCCGUCGGGGAGC